AACUUCAGUGCAGGCGGGCGGGUCUCGGUGUUCACUCUGUCAUUCGACUAUAUCCCGGGCAGCUGAACAAUACACAGCGAGAAAAUCCAGUCGGAAAAGUCACGGGAAGUUACCGGGUUUGAGGGAUGUGGUGGAGUGAAUGUUGGGAACGUACGCAGACAAGGGAAUGUGAUUUACAUUGAGUGUUGGGAAGAACGGCGGGUACAUUUUGAUGGAAUUUGAAAAACCUCCGUGAAAAUGUCAGUGAGACAGAAAGAAUUGGAGAGCAAGGCUGUUGCACCACCCUUGAGUUCAGAAUCUCCAAGGAGUUGCAGGACAAAAUGUUUGGUUUGUAGAAGCUUUUACUCGAAUCCCAAGCUCCUGCCUUGCCUGCACACCUUCUGCUUGGACUGCUUAAGUGGCCUGGAGCAGUUCUGUGUUCCGCAGACAGGGAGAGAGGUCAGGUCAGGAUCGAGGGUUUGCAUCCUGUGCCCAGCCUGCGAUUUCGAGGUGUAUGUGCCCACGGCAGGAAUGCAAGGGCUGACCACUAACCACCUGAUCCAAAACGAGGUUUUACUAGAGCGUUUGAAGAGACUCGACCACAAGUUAGUCUGUGACCUUUGUAAUGACGGAGAAGCUGAAAGAAGGUGUCAAGUUUGCUCAGCAGUCCUCUGCGAUUUUUGCUCUAAAGCUCACAGGAGGCAGAGAGCGACUGCUAGUCAUAACUUGGUGGCACUGAAGGACCUGCAAGGUGGAACUGGGAGAAUUGUACAAUCCAUCAUGUGCUCUGCUCAUCCUUCAGAGGAACUGAGGUUGUUUUGUGAGACGUGCGAUUGUCUGGUCUGCAGAGACUGUUGUAUUGUGGGUCAUCAAGACCACAACUGUGACUUUAUCACCAAUGUCAUUAACGAACACGGCAAGUCAAUCAAGCAGCUUCUGAAAAAAACACAGCCACGUAUUGGUGUUCUACAGGAGAACAUACAAAAAAUUCACAACUCUAGACUGAUUCUAAAAGAGCAGUUGAGCAAUAUAACAGAAGAAAUUAAUAGUUUUACAGAGGACUACAUCAAGGCACUGGAGAAACAUCGGAACAGGCUUUUGAAAGAGCUGGAAGAACUGAAAAUGCAGAAGGAGAACUCGCUCAAUCUACAUCAGAUCCAGUUGGAACAAAUCCUGGCAGAUGUCAAGACUGGGGUAGACUUUACAGAGAGCUUGUUGACGAAUGGCUCUCCUGGGGAAAUCUUGUUAACCGAGUGUGUAGUAGUCAACAGGUUGAAGCAACUGAAUGAGAUUAGUUACAGCACUCCGCCCGGAGAGGAUGACUGGAUUCAGUUCCAUUCACAAGAGAGAGCUGGCCAGUGUGAUGGAUUUGAGGUGUUUGGGAUCAUUACCACAAAAACCAUUGAUCCCACCAAGUGCAUCCUUCAGGGUGAAGGUCUCCAUGUGGCUCAACAAGACCAGCCAAGUACUUUCACACUAGUCUGCAAUGACCAAUCGGGCCAGAAGAUGGGAAGGGGAAGUGAAUCUAUUCGAGUGAGCAUCUUCAAUAAGAAUAAAAAAGAAUGUAUCAAAACAACACUGCAAGAUAAUCAUGAUGGAACUUAUCGAAUUAUAUAUACACCUCAGAUGUCAGGCUCGUAUGUGGCGUGGGUCUGUGUAAAUGGACAGCAUGUACAGGGUUCCCCAUUCACCGUAACGGUAGAAGGCAAAUUCCGUGAGCAUGUUGGCAUAUUCCACUGCUGCACAUUCUGCUCCAGUGGUGGACAAAAGGAUGUCCAUUGUGGCUGCAAAGGGACAAUGCCAGGUGGGUUUCAAGGCUGCGGACAUGGACAUAAAACUCAUCCUGGCCAUCCACAUUGGUCCUGUUGUGGAAAUCCGAGUAAGGAUUCGGAAUGCUCUGGAGCACUGCAUGGUAGCUCAUACCAGAACCUGGUUAGGACUGUUGCUCUGUAGUAAUCACUGUGAUCCUGAGUCUACUUUAUCAAAUACAUGAGGGUGAGGAAAUGCCUGUUAAACCAACCUAAUUAAUCAUGAAGAGAGUAUUUUUUUCCUCUAAGAUUUUGUCACCUGAUUUGGUUUUUCCACUCAAUGUAAUGACUGAAAAAGAAAUGUUUUGAUCUGGUUAGUAUUGGUUGCCCAGUUGCUCAUGUUUUCUGGCAGAGCUCCAAUGACAGUGUCUGAGACUGAAUGUGUGCUAUGUAUUCCGACUUUCUAUAUUUAUCUCCUUUAUAUACACUAAUUCUCAGUAAUAACGCUUAACUCUACUAACAACAGUUACUGGAACAAGUUUGUGGGGAUAUUCCCUUUAGAUUGGGACUAAUUUGAUACACGAUUUUGAACUAACUUCGUCCAUUCUCCCUGUACCAGAUGUAGGAGCUUCCUUUUGACUCUGACAGUUAGUCUCACAAUCCUGAAUGCAAAGAACUCUGUUUUUACAAUAGAAUGGACUCCUUGGAGAUAUUGCACCAGUGUGCAGUUUCUAUCAUCUGUGUUUCACCCUUGGAAUUGUUUAUUUACUUGAUAAGUUUUAGCCCUUACUGGAUCAUUUUCAGUCUGGAUGUCAUUGAUCAGUUUGUAACUUAUUAACACCGAAUGCCUUUGUUUGUUGACAGAUUUGAUCAUGGAUUUUUUUCCUCCAACUGUCUUGUCAGUCCACUGACAUAAUCAUAUAUUGAACCUUGACCUUGUGGGUUUCCCUCACAAGCUGUUUUGUACAGUUGCAACAUUGCCUUCCCAGUUCCAUUGGUAUACUUUCUGGGCAAAAACCUUCAGCCCAGAAAACCAUCUUCUGGAAGUCCUUGGCUACGUUCUUGGGAAUUUUUCAAAAUUUACUGAAACAGAAAGAAUGUUAAAAGUCCUGAGUCAUUGUCAUGCAAAGAGCUGCAAGGGAGGAAUAAGAUUCAACAUUUUGUUUUGUGGAUUUCACAAAUACGUAGUGAUAAAAGGGAUCAAUUGAUGGCUCCCUGACCUGCUGAGUGCUUCAGCAAUUUUUGCUUCAUAAGUUCAGCGGAUGCAGUUUUUAAAAAUUAUUUCUCCAGUGUUUCCCUCACUGUGAGAAUAUUUCCAAAUUGUCAAGAUCCUCUCUCACCACUGUCCAGAGACCUUAUCAGCCCUUCCCAGUGAGACAGAUUCACAGGUGCCUCCUCUAGUCUGAUCAGUGUUCACAAUGUGACCUCUAUAUUGGCAAGAUCAAACGUAGACUAGGCAACUAUUUUCAAAAUUCCUGCACUCUGUCUGCAACAGCCAUCUGCAGCUUCUGAUUGUGCGUUCUUUCAACUUCCAUUCCACACCAUUCUGGUUGUUCUCAGUCUUCUCCACUCCUACAGUGAGGCCAAAUGCAAACCAACUCAAAUUCCACUUGGGUAGCCUUCGAUCCAAUAGCAUGAAUAUUGAACUUCCCAAUUUCAGGGAACUGAUUUUGCCCUCUUCCUUUCCCAUUCAGAGUCCCUCUCUUUCUUUGUUUACCUCUUACAUCGCUGCCCUAUGUCGUUCCAUCUGCCUAUCAUCGUUCCUUUAUCUGGUUUCAUCGAUCACCUACUAGCCUCUGUCUCUAUCCUCUUCCACCUGGCAAAUGAAGAGGAGAAUUACUAGCCUACCAUUGAAUAUAGAUUUUUUAAAAAAUCCAUUGGGGUGGACAAGGAGCCAACAGUAUUAUAUUCUAAAUGUGGUUUGGAGUACAGCACUUUGACAUGAGAACCAGUGGAACUGCCUCUGGCCAGUUUGGUCCAGUUUCUUCAAAUAAUUUAAUCAGACAGUUUUUUUAGGGCCCAUUUUCUCUGUCUAUUGCCCCCAUAGAUUCUGUGUGGUACGGGCAGGCAAAGUGAUGCUUACACUGCAAGGUUUUUGCUAACUCCUGUAUCACUUUCCCUGUAAAUUGAGCACCGUUGUCACUUGAAAUGUCCGCAAGCAUUCUAUACCUAGGAAUAAAUUCUUCGAAUAAAAUUUAGCAACAUUUACAGCAUCCUUUCUACAAGUUGGAUAACUGCAUAAGGUCCAUUUGGAAAUAUACAUAUUACUUCUAGGAAGAGGGCCAAGCAGCAGCAGAUACUGACGGUGUUUUCUCAGGAUUAUGUCUCUGACAAAUCAUAUAGUUCACCACCAUUUUUCCUUCCAAAGCUGGGAAUACUGGCGCAUACCACUCAUUUUCGAUUAUUCCCAUCAUACCCCCUUUGCCCAUAUGUGUUAAUUCAUGUACCUUACGGGCGAGCCAAGGUAGAAGAGUGGAUUCCCACUAAUGGACCUUGAAGCAAUUUUUAAAAAUUAAUGUGCAUUGUUGUGCAUUGGAAAACAAAGCUGAUAUCCCUGAUGUGCAUUAUAUGUCAAGAAUUAUAGUACACAUACAUCUGCCACUUCAGGAAACGCGGACUCAGUUCGUGCAUAUUCUGUAGCUUGCAUUUAAAUACAGGCCAUUAUCAGCUUUGAUUGUAGAAGCCAUAUUGAUGAAUGCUGCAAAGAUAUUAAUAUCUGAGAUAAUGUCAGUGAAAUAUGAAAUCUGAAAUAUUGCACUGAACUGAAUUCUUACUCCUAGAUCUUAACAGCCUUUUGAACUAUUAUUGUGGUGGGUGACGAAAAGGCUUGACGCUGCUAUAAAAUUCUUUAGUGUCCAAGCACUAAACAGUUACCUUUCA